AUGACAACCAAGUUGGAUGACAUUGGCAACCAGGCCGAGAAGGCGUUCACAGCACUCUACAAGUUCAACAUCUUCUCUCUUUGGCAAUACUUCCGCCUCGGCCAGAUUCUCUAUGUCCUCAAGAUGGCUGUCAAGAAACACAAUGGCGAUCACAAGCUCAUUGACUUUUUCGGCUACGUCAAGGCGAGGGGCUUCCAUCAAUCAUCAUCCACGAUCGACAAUUACAUCAAGUUCUAUUUAUUCGUGUCUCGCUCUCCCAACAUCCUGUACUUGGACAACGUACUGUUCUCUGACAUCAUCAAGCACGCGGAGCAGUUGAAGGAGUUGUUCAACGUUCACGCCAGCAUUUGGAAGAAGAACCUCAAACAACUUAUCAAAUUGACCUACCAGAACAAGAGGAGGGAUCUCGUAGAACAUUACAACACAUCGGAUAUCGUGGCCAUGGAGGACAUCCAGGACGAUCCUGCCAAUGGUGCGGAUGAGCAAGAGGAGGAGGCGCCAGAGCCUGGCGUGGAGGAACACUUCAAAGACGACAAAGACGGCAUGGACACCAACAAUGACCAGGACAACUGA